UAUUAUAAAUAAGAAAUGCCCUUCCAAAGUGGUGCAAUCAGAGACAUUUGCAUAAUGGUGCUUAUAGUCGAAGAAGAUAAGAUUCCAAUGCAAUUAUUGGCCGUUCACGUCGACAGAUCGAAGAGAGAAGAUCACAAGAAGACCGACCACGAUUCCCACUUCUCCGAAUGGAAGCUUCUUGUUGGUCCUCAUGACUGGAAAAAUGGGAAAGAUGGAGCGGUGACCAGAUACAGGUUUGAAAAUCUUCCAGAAUAUCCAGGUCCAGGAAUCUAUGAGCUUGCGGUGUGUAAACUGCCGAGUAGGGACCGCCAUGGCAAGCUUGAACCUGAUUUGGUGGUUUAUCUUGGGAAGAGUGGAAAUAUAAGAGCAAGACUCCAACAACAUGGCCGUAAUGGUACUCAUCUCUGUGGAAAAAAUGGAUUUGGUGAAAAUGGAUGUCCUUUGUUUGAUAUUUUUGCAAGGGGUUGGUCUAUUACCUACAGAUGGGCUUCUAUGGAAAACAAGGCAGAUGCUCGGAGAACUGAAGAUCAGCUUCUCCGUACUUAUGAUUAUGCAUGGAAUAAAGGCUCGAACGGUGUACGUCGUUACGAUGAUAUCCUUGAAAAACUAGAUAAGCGUGCAUCAAAUCUUAUAAAAGUAGCCAAUUUCUCCAAAAAGCAUCUGCCCUUCCUUCAAAAGCAAGUAGGCAUCAAAAUCAAAGCAAGCAAGCUAGUUUCGGACGACAAUGAGUUUGGCAAAUACAAAAAUGAAGAGAACCUCAACUUUUGGCCUGAAGUUUUGAACUUCAGCAGAUCCCGGCCUCGGUUGGUUUUGAAUCACGGUGGCUUCGACGAGAACGAAACCUUCUCUUGUGGGGUGGUUUUAGACGCUGGUUCGAUUUGUAAAAGGCCACCGGUUGAAGGAAGAAAACGAUGCUCUGAACACAAGGGAAAGAAAACUACAGGGUCUUCCACGAGUUCGAGUAUGAAAUCACAACCUUACAAAGAGGACUAUCCCGAAAUUGAGCAUUGUAGUCCUAUUUGUGGGGUUGCCAUGGAUGAUGGUUCUCUUUGUAGAAGGCGACCCGUUUCCGGAAGAAAAAGAUGUGAUUUGCAUAAAGGGAGGAGAAUUUAUAGCUCCAAUUCCGAGAUAACAAGAUAUCAAACAACGCCAUAUGCUGUUUUCAAUUCAUAUUCUGAUGAAGCUUCAGAUUUUUAUGAAAAUCGUACAGGGAUGGCGAUUUCCAUCUAUAAUCGCAACAAUUGUAGUACACCCAUUUGUGGAGUACCUACCUGCAAUGGUAUUCCCUGCAAGAGAACAGGUAAUGUAAAUGGAAGGUGUUGGCAGCACUUGAAAUAUAGUGGCAGCCGCAGCAGCAGCAAUGAUUUUACUCCGCGAAACUCGAACAAUGGUGAAGCUUCAGAUUUUUAUGAAAAUCGUACAGGGAUGGCGAUUUCCAUCUGUAAUCGCAACAAUUGUAGUACACCCAUUUGUGGAGUACCUACCUGCAAUGGUACUCCCUGCAAGAGAACAGGUAAUGUAAAUGGAAGGUGUUGGCAGCACUUGAAUUAUAGUGGCAGCCGCAGCAGCAGCAAUGAUUUUACUCCGCGAUACUCGAACAAUGACAGUACGGGUACAUCCAUUUGUGGGGCACCAACCCGCAAUGGUUCGUCCUGCCGGAGACCAGUCAAGGGAAAUGGAAGGUGUUGGCAGCACCUAUAGGUCGAGGCAGGUUGGCCCGAGCAUUGAUCGAUCAAGAGUCACCGUUUUAUAUGUUUCGGUGAGUGCCGGGGCCGAAGGAUUAACUUAACAAUAACAUGAUUAUGUAUUCACUUGGAGGCUGCUGUUAGAUUAUGUUGUAGCUUUUGUAUUAUUGUCUUGUGAGGAUGAUCUGGUUGUUGUGAAUCCUUUCUUUUUUUUUUGUAUAAACUACAAAUAUAAAUUAUUUUA